AUGGUCGCCGCCACCCCUGCCCAGAAGCGCGACCUCAACCUGGUCGCCGGCUCGCCCGAGUCCAUCAAGAACCUCAAGGACAAGAUCAAGAACGUCGUCCUCAUCGUCAUGGAGAACCGCUCUGUGGACAACCUCCUCGGCGGCCAGCAGCUCCACAACCUGGACAACCCCAUCAGCAAGGGCCCCUUCUGCAACCCCCGCAACUUGACCGACCCUUCCCAGGGUAAGGUCUGCACCGAGGCCAAGGACUUCGACUCCAUCCUGGAUGACCCUGAUCACUCCGUCCACGGCAACAACCUGGAGUUCUAUGGCAGCUUCUCGCCCGACAAUGCGGCCAUUAGCAACGGCUCCCUUACUCCCAACCAGCAGGGCUUCGUCCACGAGCAGCUCCGCGUCCACGGCGGCCAGGAUGACCCCGCUGUUCUGGCCAAGCAGGUCAUGAACUACUACACCGAGGACCAGGUCCCCGUCAUCACCGCCAUGUCGCACAACUUUGUCACCUUCAACAACUGGCACAGCGGUGUCCCCGGUCCCACCAACCCCAACCGCGCCUCCAUCCUGUCCGGCACGUCGUGGGGCCACGGCACCAACGACAAGGGCUUCAGCAACCACCAGCUGCCCCAGCGCUCCAUCUUCCAGCAGCUGAGCGAGACCAACCACACCUGGGCCGGCUACACCGCCGGCGGCUCCGACGCGCAGUACUUCUCCUGGACCAUCGCCUCGGGCAAGAACAACGCCAACUACAUCAAGCCCUUUGAGAGCUUCUUCCAGGACGCCUACCUCGGCCGCCUGCCCGAGUUCACCUUCAUCAACCCGACCUGCUGCGGCGUGGGCACCACGUCGAUGCACCCCUCGGGCCUGAUCUCGGACGGCGAGGUCGUCCUCAAGCAGAUCUACGACGCGCUGCGCAACGGCCCGCAGUGGAAGGAGACGCUCUUCAUCGUCACCUUUGACGAGACCGGCGGGUUCCACGACCACGUCCCGCCCCCGCUGGCCCCGCGCCCGGACAACCAGACCUACACCGAGACGACGCCCGACGGCAGCACCUACACGCUCAACUUCGACCGCCUCGGCGGCCGCGUGCCGACCUGGAUCAUCUCCCCCUGGGUGCGCCGGGGCCACGUCGAGAGGCUCGGCACCGACGGCCAGGGCAAGCCGGUGUCGUACAGCGCCACGUCGAUCCUGCGCACGCUGGGCUACCUGUGGGACUUUGCGCCGUUCAACCCGCGCGUCGCCGGCUCGCCUUCGUUUGACCACCUCAUCGAGAUGGAGCAGAUGAGGAAUACGCUCGAGGUUAUGCCCAACCCUUUUACCUUUUAG